UAGUUCAUACAUCAUGGCCAGUCUUGUAUAUGUUCUAAUAUUUGUGAUAAUUUGUAAGUUUUGUCUUUGUAAAGUAGAACUAACUGGGUUUGAUUUUGCAUAUGAAGGCGAGAAAUAUGUUUUAACAUGUCAUAUCGACACUACUGAGCGUAAUUAUGAAACAAAAUAUAACUGGUAUAGAAAUAAUGAACUGGUAGCCCGAACUGAUUCUUCCCCGGAAGAAUUAAACUGUAAAAUAUUUAAUAUUAGUCAACGUUCAAGAUAUGAAUUAAAUUGUAAACAACAUCAGCUGAUCAUUAAAUCUGUUGACCAGACUAAAGAUAAUGGCGUUCAGUGGAGUUGUAGACACAUUGGAUAUGAUACAGACCGGUUUCCAGAUUAUACCAGUACGUUUGUGGUAAAAACAGGCAGUCCACCAACCAUAACAAAUCUAACAUCAGAUGCUACCAACAACAUGCUAGAUGAAGAUUCUACUGUAACCUUAACCUGUUCUGUUGACAGUCUUCCAUCUUUAUUAAUAUCCUGGUCUAGAUCACAACAAGGGGAACAACUCUAUUCUGGUAGUCAAUAUACCAUACCUAAAGCUAGUUGUCAACAUUCAGAUAACUAUACCUGUACAGCUAGUAAUAAUAAUAGUCAACCUGUAUCUAAAACUAUUCCACUCUAUGUAAGAUGUUCCCCAAGAGAAAACACGGUAACUUUGAGAAAUAUUACUAAUAGAAUAAAUACAACAAUCAAUCUACAAGUUGAUAUAAUCGCCUACCCUCGACCAACCUUCACCUGGUACCAUAUACCUACCAGACAGAUAAUAAGUACAGCUAGAACACAACAACUAUCAACUAUAAACUAUAAAUCAACAGUAGAGAUAACUCUAAAUUCUACUCUAUUUGGUGAUUAUAUAGUAUCUGUAGACAAUGGUAUUAUUGGUGUUAAAAUCUUCACUAUCACAGUUACUGAAGAAGAACCACCAAAGCCAGUAAAUGAUUCAGUAGAAAGUAAUAACUUACCUACUAUAGUUGGUAGUGUUAUUGGUGUAUUGGCUGUUAUUGGUAUAGUAGUUGUUAUUGUUGGAGUAAUAUACCAUAGAAAGGCAUCGACAGAUAAUGAUAACACAAACGGUAGACUUGGAGCUACCCAAUGUGCAACCGAUCAACCGUUUUAUGAUGAAAUUAAUAAUCCCUCUACAACAGGAACUAAUGCUGCUACAGUACGUGAUCAUACAAACGGUAGACUUGGGGCUACCCAAUGUGCAACCAAUCAACCGUUUUAUGAUGAAAUUAAUAAUCCCUCUACAACUAAUGCUGCUACAGUACUUGUAGAUUCCACAUCAGUCUACUAUAAUACAACAAACUUGGACCACAGCGAUAUUACCAACCCUCCUCAAUACGUCAAUACACCAUCGUUAUCGACAUAUGAAGGACUGGAUGCACGAAGAACGGAAACACGCCCAGACACGUAUCAACAACUCAAUAAGUCAUCAACACCAUAUGAAGGACUUGAUAGACGAAACAAAGACCAGCCCCAACACACUUAUCAACAACUUAACAUCUACGAAAACCGUAAGAUGUGAUCAACUAACAAGUUUGUAUUCCGGUGGCUACCAGUUACGAUUGCCAAUUUAAUGAGAACAUUUGUGUUUUUGUUUCUUUUAGCACUAUUACUUCAUUGGUUUUAUUUGGCGAUUACCCAAUGGUUACGUUAUGUUUGUGGCUAUUUUAGAUAGCCUCGUCGAUCACAACAAAAAAAAAUGUUUGCGAUAUUCUGCUAAGUACUGGCUGAUUGAGAAAAACCAGUUUCGCGCGUCAUGACGUAAUGUAGUCUCGAUUGUCGUGAUACACUAUUUUACACUCGGCAAACCUCAGCAGAUUCCAGUACCCUACAUCUAGCCUCGAUUGAUGACGAAGUCCACCAUUAGAACUACUUUCAAGUUCCCGGAUUACCAACGGCGUUGCCCAUUACGACGCCUUUGAAGAAUGUUUUAUCAUACUGAUGUUUCAAAGUCUGAAGCUGUUUUUCUUUCAAGUUUAUCCGAUUUUCUUCAAACAAGGACAACUUUGCACUGAAAAUUCUACACACGCUUCGGACGACGUAAUUUUGAUAACUUAUUUUUAAAAGCGGCAGGUUUUCCUAAUAAGUAAACCGGUGACGCAUCGCAAUUGUAUAGGCGUAGGUACAUAUCACUUUCCGUCAUACAGCCUAGGCUAGAUGUAGAGUAACGGAAUCUGCCGAGGUUUGCCGAGUGACACUAUUUACUGGUUUGGUUAAUCCCGGUUGAUUUUGUUAAGCUGUAAUGUAUUUGUAUUGACCUUACUGUUAACCAAUCAUAACUAACGGGACAUAAUUAAUAAUGAAGCUAAUUUCGGUACCAGGAACUUAGUUAAUUCAUAUGUGGUAAACAAUAUCUGCUGUCAAAAACUAACCUCAACCUUUGCAAGAAAAUAACCAUGCGCCCUUUAUGACUUCUUUAUUAACCAAUCGAACAUUAAUGAUGACAAUAAUAAUUUGCCUCUUACUUAAUCUCAAUCCUAAUUCCCUUAUAAAGAUCGCACUUAAACAAUCGAAAACAAAGUAGUGACUGUUAGUGGUGCCUUCUGGGAUCCGAGAAUUGUCCCUGCUGGUGUACAACAUGGUUCGAUUCUCGGGCAUCUUUUAUUUAUUUCAUAUAUGAAUGAUGUUUGAAAUGAUAUCACGUCGAAUAUCAUACUACUGGCUGAUGACAAGCCCCUUUAUUUACUAGUAAUGGAUUCCAAGGCGGACGCGGCUAUCCAAAAUAAUGAUUUGAUUGCUAUUAUAAACUGGUCAAAGACAUGGCUUAGAACUUUCAACCAUCUAUAAACUGAAACAAUAACAUUUUCAACCAAUCUGGUAAAAAAAAUACAGAUCUAUAUUUCGUUUCGUUUUUUUUAUACUUUCAAUGACCUAUACUACAUGAAGAUCUGACCGGUUGUAGCGAUAGGUCGCGUCAGAGGUCAUACGAGCGGCCUUUGGUACUAUGACAUCAGACAUUUGAUUAACCAAUCUCAGCAUUGAUGUUACUAGUGGAUUACCCACAGUUCCGUCUAAAGCUCGCUGUAACAGACCGUGGCAUUGGCUAAUACCUCACACCAUUCAAAACACGUCAAUAAUAACAACUCUUCCGGAUACUAGUGUAGUAAAGACAAGUAAAACGAAAUUUAGAACUGUAAAUAAGAAACGAAAUAGGAUCUAUGUUUUAAUCAGAUUGCUUUUCAACUAAACAAAUUUAAAUAAACCACGUUGGCAUUUGGACACCAUCGAAUAAAAGAAACAUGGAAACAUAAACACAUUGGGCUAAAUUUUCAAACUAACUGAAAAUGGGAUGUCCAUGUUAAAACAUAUCUGUUAUACAGUAGGGAAACUUAUCAAUUUCUUAGAUAAUUAAACAUAUAUGAUGCAAGAGCUAAAUCUGCCAAUUGCAGGUCUUUCUUUAGGCCUGAAAUGUUAUCUAAAUUAUCAUUUGACACAUUAGUUUUGACGUUUUACAUUUAACUUUGGCCUUAGAGGUAUUUUGACUUCAUCAUGACCGGUAUUAGGACUCUUAAAAAUGUCCUUAUUCCAAACAAUGAUGUUUGGUCUGAUUCAGCAAAUGCCUUGCCAGAUCACCAAUAGGGUGACAGCGAUGACGGUUUCCUUAGCUGCCCUAUCACAAAACAUGAAGCCAGGGACGUCAACUGGGCACGACGGUAUCCCUGUUGACUUUUAUAAAUCAUGCCUUAUCAUUGUUAUGCCUAUUCUCACUUUGAUAUUUAAUUAAGUUUUCGACAACGGUUGUUAUACAGAAAGCUGGUCGAAAGUCCGCAUCUCCCCAUUGCAUAAGAAGGGUCCCAAAUGUGAGCGCGAAUUACAGAGGAAUCUCGUUAUUGGACUGCUUGGGUAAAAAUUACAGCUCUAUACGCAAUAGUCGUUUGCAGGAAUGGUCAGAAGCCGGUUACAGACGAAGUUACUCGACCGUUGAUCAGAUUUUUACCCUGCAGGGCCUAAUCCCAAAAUAUUUGUCCAAAGCAUGUGGGCGUUUAUACUUUUUGUAUGUAGAUUUUUUCUGUGCUUUCGAUUUAUUAAAUCGGACAAAGUCGUUGAAUCUUCUGCUUGAUAAGAGCAUUAAAGGUAAAAUGUUCACAGCCCUCAAAACCAUGACCUGUAAAGUUAAGUUCUUACAUGACUUCCUAUUUUUAUUGUACAUCCGGUGUUCGCCAAGGAUGAAACCUACCACCAUACCGGACUAGAAGAUGAAAUGGAAGGAAGGAUGGUCCAGGUUCCACACUCAACAACAAACUCCAAGGAAGAUGUGCACCGCCCUGCCAGUCAACCGGACAAAUCGACCUGAUCGAGAGAAACGACUUAUAUAUUUAUAUGUAUAUACGAUGUCUAAAUGUUUGUCCACGUUCAUCCCUGUUUUGUCCCAUAUUGGUUUGUAUGUAUGUCCCCACUUGCACUUAUCUCAUUUUGCACUUGACGCUGGCUCGCUAGCCUGGAGGUCGCGUGUUCGAUUCCUGCAUUGGCCGAGUAAGUUCAUCCAGAUUUUCCGGCGUGGUUCCCCCUUGUCAGUGAUGCAGGACGGAGGGCCUGACAAGGACAGCUGUCUAGUUCUUCGGAUGAGACGAAAACCCGAGGUCCCGUGUAUACAUUGGAAUGCACGUAAAAGAUCCCUUGGCAGUUGGAAUUCGAUAUAAGAGUAGGCGAUAGUGCCGCUGCCCGGGCAAAAUUCCCUCAUAGCACACUGUAUGGCGUAUGCCCGUCUUCAUUAGCCCAGCAUAGGAGUAGAACGUUAAACCCCAUUUCAUUUCAUUUCAUUUCUCAUUUUGCACUUGUCAUAAAACGUUUCGUCCCGUCUUUAACUGUCUUCUGUACAUAUGUAUAUAAAUAUGUAAUAAUCCUUUAAUCCCUUUUUCAUUAAUCACAUUGUAAUUAAAUUAUUGCACCAUGUAUACAUAACAUGUUAUUGUCUGCGAUAUCACCUCGGUGGAAACGGACGUAAAAUACAACUAACUCACACAUUAUAUGAAUCAAGGAGAUGUCAGGGGUAUAUUCACCAAUGAAGAUGCUAAAAAUAUAUUAAUGUUAUUAUAUGCUUAACUUAAUCUUUGUCGGGAAUUGUAUUUGUCAAUGAGUAUUAAUCAAAAUGUCAAAAGAAAUAUCACAAGACUGCGAUUAAAUUUGUUUCCAUUGGCUAGCAAAUUGUUCAGAAGAAAUCAAAACAUUUCGCCAGAAUGUCCAUUAUGAAGAUUUAUUCCAUGUUAUACUAGAAUUUAAAUAUUACAAAGAUUUAAGAGCAACCUUUUUACCGAAACAAUAUAUUUGUCAAUAUCCUAAUCGUUUUAAAUUUAGCCAGUUAUGUGUUGAUUAUGACUUUAACACCCGUCCGUCUUUAUCAACAUAUCUCCAAAAAUCACUUUCUCUCAGACGUUUGAAUUUAUGAAAUUUUAUUAGUUUAUUAUGUUACAGGCACUAUAUAUUAUUAUCAUUGUUUAAUAAAAUAUCAUGAUUAUACAAGUUUGGAAUUCUGUAAAUAGUUUCGGCUAAUAUGUAAUAUGUAUAUAGAAAUAUUUUGUAUCUAUGGAUCAUAUGAUCUGAUUACUGAAUGAGUGUCACGCUUCGACCUCUAGCUGGCCGGUCACCUCUGGCUUGUCUGGUGUGAGCGUAUGUGGCUUGGAGAUAGGGACGCCUUCUCAACCUCGUGGAUUUACUCCGGGUACUCGGGUUUCCUCCCACAGGAAAUGAAAAUAAAAAAAAGACAACUUGUCUGCGUUAUCACCUUCGGUGGAAGCGGACGUUAAACACUAAGAACAACACCUACUAUACAAUGCUAUAUACUGUCGGGGGGUCACGGUGGCUAAGUGGGUAUGAGGCUGGCUCGCUAGCCUUGAGGUCUGGUGUUCGAUCCCUGCAUUGGCCGAGAAAGUUCAUCCAGAUUUUCCGGCGUGGUUCCCAUUUGUCAGUGAUGCAGGACGGAGGGCCUGACAAGGACAGCUGUCUAGUCGUUCGGAUGGGACACUUGGAAUUCGAUAUAAGAGUAGGCUGUAGUGCCGUUGUCCGGGCAACAUUUCCCUCAUAGCACACUGUAUGUCGUAUGCCCGUCUUCCUUAGCCCAGUUCGGAGCAGAACCCAAUUUCAUUUCGCUUUAUACUGUCAAGAUUCUACAUGUACAGAACAUAAAACAGAAGUUGAGGCCUAUUUUGAUACUUUUGUCCGAUUCACUAUUGAUGCUAGCGAGAAAUGUAUUCCACACAAAAUAAGUGUAAUUCGAAGGCGGUUAUUCCAGGGUGGAACGAUCAGGCCAAGAAUAUAAGGAAUACUGCCAUGCCCUGGCAAUGGUUGUGGAAAGGGAAUAAUUGUCCGUAAUCAGGACUGCUCGCCAUCAUCAGAAGAAUGACUUGGGCAAGGUAUAAUUAUUCCAUUAGUUUAGCUGAAAAACACGAGAAUCAAACAUGUUCGAGAGAGAGAUGGGGUUUAACGUCCACUCGACACAAACUAGAUCAUUUCGGGACUAACACCUGGUUCAAUUUUAUUUCAAUAAUUCGCUUGCGCGUAGGGGUCUUUUAGCAGUGGGAGGAAACCGGAUGACCGGAAGGAAACUGGAAGACCCGGAGAAAACCCACGAGUUUGGGCAGGUGUACAACCGGGGAAUCGAAACCACACCAGUUGACUCAAUGACAGACCGUAUGAUACAGCGCGCACGUGCUAACCAUUGGGCCAUCGCCAUCUCCCACCCCACCCCACC